UAGGGUAUUUUUGGGUACCCUUAAGAGAGCGGAUCUGGUGACUAAGGGGGGGUGCUUAGUCACUUGGCUAAGCCCCCCCUAGCAAUUGGAUGUAGGAGGAUCAAUCUAACGGUGAAUAUUAGGGAAGGGAUUUUUAAAUACUGGGAGGGGCAAUUCUGGCAUUAAAAAAAUUUCAUUAAUUAUUUUUCCUUUUUAUUCUGGGAAGGGAAAAAAAUUCUGCUCUCGUCCUCCUCCCGCGAAACGGCCCGCCGUCCAAACUCCUCCCGCGAUCGACGAGGCGAUUCCGCCGAUCGGCGGGGCGAUUUCCCUCUUGCAAUCGACGAGGCGAUUCCGGCGAUUGGCGGCGCAGGCGAUUCCGGCGAGCGGCGGGGCGAUUUUCCUUCCGCGAUCGACGAGGCGAUUCCAACGAUAGGCGAGGAGAUUGCAGCGAUUGGCGAGGCGAUUUUCCCCCGCGAUCGACGACGGCGAGUUGCGAUUCUCCUCCAGCCAACGGCGAGGCGUUUUUCCAGAGAACGGCGAGGCGAUUUUCAAGCAACAGUGAUCACCGAGGCAAAUUGCUUUGCAUGAUGGAUUCUUCUCCGAUAACAAUGGAUGAAGUGGUUGAUGAAGCUAAUGAACAAAAAACGGGAGAAACUGGAACUGAAACAGCAAUGGAUGUAGAUGUAGAUGUUCAGAAAACAACAGUACAACGUGAAAUUGAUGAUGAGAUCAAAAUAAUACCAAGCAAUGAAGAAACGUGGAUGAACCUUCGCUUUGACACAAAAGAUCAUGGAUUGCUGUGGUACAAAUGCUAUGCACAUGAUAAGGGAUUUUCUGUUAGAGAAACAGGAGGGGUGAAGAGAACAAGCAACAACAAACCGUGUGAAGUUGUAAGAUAUUUUGGGGGCAGAUGCAAUAAGGAAGGUUGGCGACAAGGUAGUGCAAAUAAUCCAGCAAAUGACGACCAUGUUGACCAAAAACCUAGAAGCAGAAUCACCAAAGAGGAUAGAUGGGAUUGCAAAGCAGUGAUACGCUUCCAGCUUGAAGACAGUUCCCAAAAAUACUACAUUUCAAGCUGGUUAGACGAGCAUAAUCACAAGAUGAUCCCACCAUCAUCAAGACAAUUCAUGAGAUCAAAUAGAACGAUGAAUGAAGUGCAAAAGUUCUUGAUUGACAUGUAUCACAAAGCUGGAAUAUCGAUACAAUCAUCAUUUCAAGCAUUGUGCUUGGCUGCCGGAGGAAGAGAAAAUGUUGGUUUCACACAAAUGGACCACAAGAAUUAUAUCCGUACUAAAAGGCAAAAAACAAUGAAGUUUGGGGAGGCAACAAUGAUUUAUCAUCAUUUCAAAAGUGAAGCUUCAAUGGACCCAGCUUUCUUUUAUGAGAUCCAAGUUGACAUCAAUGAAGAAAUUGCAAGUAUUUUCUGGGCGGAUGGACGCAUGAGAAUGGACUAUUUCUAUUUUGGUGACACCAUCAGCUUUGACACAACAUACCGCACCAACAAGAAUGCUCGCCCAUUAGCUUUAUUUGUGGGCUUCAAUAACUAUAGAGAAUCAUGUGUUUUUGGUGCUGCCCUACUCUAUGAUGAGACAUCAGCCACAUUUGAUUGGCUCUUCAAACAAUUUCUCAUUUGCAUGAACGGGAAGGAACCGGGAGCUGUUUUUACCGAUCAAGCGACAGCAUUGUCGCGCACUUAUCAUGGGCUGUGCACAUUCCAUAUAACAAUGAAUGCAAAGAGUAAUGGGUUGUGGUUGUCACCAUUUUUGGAAGAGCUUUCCUUCUUGAUGUAUGAUUUGGAGACGGAGGAUGAAUUCGACUAUUAUUGGAAGAAGAUGCUUGAGAAUUGCUUCAACGAAGAAGAAGAAGAAGAAGGGAAGAAAUUAACAAGUAAGAUUGAGGCAUGGCUGCAAAACCUCCACAAAGUGAGAAGUAAAUGGUCAUCGGCAUGGCUGAAAGAUCAUUUUGCAUGUGGAAUGAGAAGCUCACAACUCAGCGAGAGUUGCAACAGCCAUUUGCGUAAGUAUCUCAAGUCAAAACUUACUUUGUGGGAGUUUUUUAUACAAUUUAACAACCUUCUUGAAGCCAAAAGACAUAAGGAGUUGAGAAAUGACUAUGAUGCAUUGAACACCAUUCCAUACUUGGUUUUCACAAACAGCGAGGUUCUUCAACAUUUUGUUACCAAAUAUACACAACCUAUAUUUGGGAACAUGCAAGAUGAAUACUCCAAGUCAUUCAAAUACCAUAUACGACCAAACAACUCCAAGGAUAUAGAUGGAAUGUUUGCAUAUGAGCUUCACAAACUAGAUCAGCAAGGAAAUCCUAUUGAUAAGAGGAUUGUUAUGGUUGACUUUGUGGAGCGUAAGCUGAUUUGCUCAUGCAAGAUGUUCGAGAAGUGUGGAUGGCUUUGUCGCCAUGUGUUGCGCGCAAUAGAUCACCUCGGCUAUGGAGGACACCCAGAAAUCCUGAAAAUUCACACACGCUACAUCUUAAAGAGGUGGACAUAUGAUGCAAAAUCUGGAGAUUUCACACUACCGGCAAUACAAGAUACAGCAGAGAGGGUGUACUGUUCAAGGGUGAAACAACUUACUGGAUCCAUGAAUUUGCUUGCAACACGCACUUGUAUGGAUGAUGACAUAUACAAGAUGCUUGAGGAAGGAAUGCAAGCAUUGAAGAUUCGUGCUGAAUCCAUGAUGCCUGCCAUGAAGUUUGGCCAGCCUAGCACAAGCACGGAAGCAGAAUUGAAUCCAACAAGUUCAGAGAGUGAACCACAUUGGGCGAAAGCAUUAAAAGUCAGGACUGAUCCAUUUAAAUCAAGGACAAGGAGGAAGAAUCGUAUUGAAAUCAUUCGAGAAAGGAGAAGACAGACAAAGUUACAAGAAAGGGCAGCUGAAGGAAAGUAAAUACAUGAUACCUGCCAUGAAAGUAAAUACAAGCAGCAGAAAUGGAAACAAAGUGACAAGGAGAAGGAGGAAGAUUCGUAGUGAAAUCAUUCAAGAAAGGAGAAGACAAACAAAGAAAGGAGAACUACUUGCCAUAUCAUAUAUUACUUGAUAGAUACAUAGAUAAAUUUGAGUGAUUGCAUAGAUACACAGAUAAACUGAAUAAUUGUCAUAUCAAACAGUUUGUACUCUUAGUAUGUUUUUCUUUUACAGUUUGUACUCUUAGUAUGUUUUUCUGUUCCAGUUUGUACUCUUAGUAUGUUUUUCUUUGACAGUUUGUAUUCUUAGUAUGUUUUUCUGCUCUGUUCUAUUACUUUGUAUGUUUCUCAUG